CCGGGCCCUCCUCCCGCCGCCGCGGGGCCGGGGCGCUCGGCAGCGCCGGCGAGGGCGAACGCGUGCCGCCGUGCCCUCCCUCCCCAGGGAGGCGGCUGGACGGGGGAGAGCGGCCCGUGGCCACGGUCCAGACACCCUAGGGCACUUGAUUUUGUUUUAAUUACUAAGCCACAAAGACUGCAAACAUGUCUCUGGAAGACAUCCACAUGAGCACUCAGGAUCUGUGUGAAGAACAACAAUUAGAUGCCGGAGGAUUUGGAACUAUUUCUUUAUGCUUUCACAAGAAACAUGGAUAUGUAGUAUUGAAGAAAGUGUAUACAGGACCCCAGCGCACUGAAUACAAUGCUUCCCUCCUUGAAGAAGGCAAGAUUAUGCACAGACUGCAGCAUGACCGUGUGGUAAAACUACUAGGUAUAAUUUUGGAAGAUGGAAACUACUCACUUGUGAUGGAGUAUGUGGACCGGGGGAACAUGAUGAAAGUUCUACAGAAACUCUCACUGCCUUUGUCAGUGAAAGGGCGUUUCGUGCUGGAGAUCACAGAAGGAAUGCUUUAUCUGCAUGAGCAAGGCUUCGUACACAAAGACCUAAAACCAGAAAACAUCCUUGUGGACACAGACUUCCACAUUAAGAUUGCAGAUCUUGGUGUUGCCUCCUUUAAGAACUGGAGUCGGUUGACCCAGGAAGAGACCGUCCGACAGAAGCAAAUGAAGAGCACUUGCCAGAACAACGCUGGGACUCUUUUCUAUAUGGCCCCAGAGCAUUUACGCUGCCUUAAUGUAAAACCUGUGGAGAAAUCAGAUGUUUACAGCUUUGGUAUAGUGAUCUGGGCAAUUUUUGCUAACAAAGAGCCGUAUGAACAUGGUAUAAACGAAGCCCACAUUUGCUUUGGCAUUAUAAAUGGAAACAGACCAGACAUAAAGGAGAUCACUGGUAAAUGUCCAGAGGAAGUCAUUGAGUUAAUGAAACAAUGCUGGGAGCAAGAGUCAGAGAAACGGCCAACGUUUGCAGAAAUUAGUCAAAGAUACAAACCAUUUUACUAUGAAAAUCUAGGAAAAAGUAUUGAAGAUGAUCUGAACAAGUUAAAAAAAAUGUGGCCCGAGUCAAACGAACUGCUGAGCAGGAUGCAGUCCCUUCAAAUAGAUGCUGCAGCGGAAGAUGCCAGUAAUGGUCAAGUAGAUCAGCCUAAUUCUCUACACAGCUCUCAAGGUCUCAUGACCAGUCAGGUUAAUGAAGCCCUGUUUGCUGCCUCCUCUGAGAACCAGCCUGUUGAGAGCUGUGAGACCUCAUUUACACCUCCUGAUAAUCUAGAAAGAAAACUUCAGCAUGAAUACAACUACCACGUAUUUGGGAGCCGGAUGGAUAAGGCAGUUCCACCUGUAGUAUACACUCCUGAAAUGAGAGAGAAAGAAAAGAGACGAAGAGUCUCCCAUGAUCCCUUUGUAAAGCCAUCUCCUGCUUCUCAAUGGAGUGAACCGCAUCAAAGAGCUGAAAAAGCAGGAUCAAACACUAAUCCAUAUCCUUGGCCACAGCUCACUGCAACAUUACCACAAUGGGGAAACACAGAUGCUUUUUAUAAACCAAACAGUCUUCCAACAGGACACACAGAGGAUCUCUAUGGAUUGUCUUCAGCCAAUACCUUUAGCUUAAGUAAACCUCCUGUUCCGGAAUCUGGCCUAAACCUACAGUCACAGACCAAUGUGAACUGGUAUCAAAAGAAUGCAGAUACAGAUCCAGGUAACAAGGAUUCCACUUUCACAAGGGGAACUUUUACCUAUUAUCCUAUUGCAUCCAGAGCAAGCACAGAAGAUUCAAUCAAAUACAACAUAAGUAACAGUUCUGGAAUUCAAAUUGGAUCCUACAAUCAGAUGAAGUUUGAAGACCACAAUCAACACCUCAGCACUUCUCCUGUUGCUACAGAAGCAAUCUAUAUGCAUUAUGAAGCAAUGGGUAUAUUUGACAAUUCUACUGUCCUGACUGAGAAACAUCUGAAUCUAGUGAGAGAAAAGUUGGCUAAACAGUGGAAACGCUGUGCUCGGAAACUGGGCUUCUGCGAUCCCGAGAUUGAUGAAAUUGAUCAUGACUAUGAACGAGAUGGACUAAAAGAAAAAGUUUACCAAAUGCUGCUCAAGUGGGUAAUGAGGGAAGGCUCCAAAGGUGCUACAGUUGGAAAGCUUGCCAAAGCCCUCUUCGGUUGCCAAAGACUGGAUCUCCUCACUAGUUUGAUGCAAAUCAAUGAGGAACAAGUUGACUGAGAACUGGGAGGAAAUUAGGGUAUUUUUUCCUAAAAGCCUUCCAAUAACAAGGAAUAAUUCCGAGUAUACUUUCUGGAGCUCUCCUUUUUACACAGACUUUUUGGAACACUUUUAUUCUGCCAAGUAGUUUUCAGUGAAUACCUCCAGUAAAUCAAAAAGUGAAUCCUCUGGAAGGCCGAUUGUCUUGAUUUAAAAUAAAAAAAAGCAUCUUCCUUCUGAUUAAAAUGAUUGUCUGAAGAUAACAACAACAUCCAAUACCAAUAUCAAUUCAUGGAAGAAUGCAUUAUGCAAAAUUUCUAGAUUCUAUCUUGAAACAUGUUGGUACCCUUGUACAGUUCUGAACAAAAGUAUGUCAUUUCAGCAAAGCUGAUAUUUCGGUAAUCAUAUGUGAAAGACUGACUCGCUCCUUGAAAAACUUGGACAGAAGACAAAAAUCACCUCUUACAUUUUGCCAAAAGUGCCAUUGCUUACAAAGGUAUCAUCUCAGAGUGCUCCAUGUCAAUACAAUAUUAUUUUUUAAAUCUUUUUACAAUGUUUGUUAACUACAGAUGUAUAGAAUUAUGCAAAACAGCAGUGAGAAUAAAAACAAAAAUGGUUUUUGGCUGAAAAA